AUGGCAUCCAUUCGAAUUGCCCUACAUUGUUUCCUAACCAAAUCGUCCCCGAAGGCAACAAGGAAACUCCAUGCGAAGAACACUACCAUUCCCCACAAGCAACAGAUAUUCCAUAUCUCCGAGCUGCCCGGGUGGAUGCAAUGGGAUCCAUACAUCCAGCACGGAUACCGGACUCAGUUGAACAGUUUUAGGCAGUGCUUCUGGUCUCUGUUCUACAUGCACAAUGAAUCCAUCAACACCUGGUCCCAUAUACUUCCCGGGAUUUAUUUUCUGAUGAUACUCCUCGCCAUCGACUAUUGGAUUGCGCAGUUGCCCUUCAAAGUACCACUAUCAGACAUGCUGGCUAUUCAAACAUACGUUGCCGGCACAGCAGGAUGUCUAGUCUUCUCGGCUACCUUUCACGCCACCAAUGCCCAUUCACCCCAGGUCGCCCGCGCCUUCCUGAAACUAGACUACCUCGGAAUCGUCCUGACCAUCUCGACAACCUGUAUCUCGGUAGCUUAUUUCGCCGUGCACAACAACCCAACUCUACAAUUCGUCUACAUUCUCUUCAUUGUCCUCUGCGCCGCCAUGGUCUUUCACAUCACACUCGAUGUUGCCAUGGACGGCGCUCAUGCAAGUCCACAGAGAGCAACAGUGUUUCUCCUCCUCGCUGCAAGCGGCCUAGCCCCCAUCUUCCAUGUCGCCUGGAGUGAAGGCAAAUGUGGACUUCUUCGCAUCCCACUCCAUAGUCUUACAGUCACUUGCUCGUCAUAUGCCAUCGGCACCGUGGCGUAUGUCACCCGGUUUCCGGAGAGAUAUUGGCCUGCUCGUUUUGAUCUGGUGGGCGCGAGUCAUCAGAUCUUUCAUGUGUUGGUUGCGUUGGGGCAGAUUGUGCAUCUGUCUGGGUUGAGGAGGGUGCUUGGGCGCGUUCAUAGCGGUGCUUGUGCUGUGUAG